UUUAUUAAUAUAUUAUUCGAAUUGGCGGUCAAAUUAUUCCACUAUAUGUUUCUUGAAGAUGCCUUGAAAUUUUUUUUGUGUAUGUUAGAUAGAUGCAUAAACAAAGGUUGAUUAUGUUGGUUUCUAUCACAUAAAUAAUAUAAUGGCUGUAUCAACCAUACAACCAUUAUUUAAAGAAUUUUUUAGUUUAAUCAUACUAUGAUAACAUUGUAAUCUGAUAGAAUAAAACCGAGUUAUAAUAUACCACAUGUUGUUUCUCUAUUUUUUUAGUCAACAGUAUAAUUUAUAGCUGAAAAGUAAAACUGCACCCCCAUUCAAAAUUUCCUGCCCAUAGAGUGAUUUUAGAAAGCUGAUGUGGCAGAGUGUUAAGCGGAAAAAAAAAGAGUCCCGCCUGAUUUCAGAACCAAAAAACUGUCCACUACCCACCUUUUUCUCCUUCCAGGCCCACGUUCUCAUUUAAUUUGUAUUUAUUUGCAAAACAACAAAAUCCAGAGGCAAAGCUCCUUCCUCUUCCUCUUCCCCUUCGCAUCAGUUCCUUUGUUUUUUUCGUCGGCAAAGGAAACUCGGGUAUCAGGCGACGAAAGGGGAAGAUCUAGGUUUCUGAGUUGCGACGGCCAGAGGUGGGGAUUCCAAUUUUGGUUCGUCGGUGAGCAAAUUCAAAAUCUCUUUUGUGUGACCUCGCCUAUUGGGGCCUUCUUUACUCGGAUUCUCCAGUUCCCGUUCUGGAUUGCUCCCUGUUGAUGGAUAUAGUCGACGACGCUAUUCUCCAAGACUGAGUGAAUGGCAACCGAGCAACAGCAAAAGGGGAACCAUGUAGAGGGCCACGCGCUCGAUUUUGACGUCGAAUAGUUCGCAAUUCUGGUUGGAGAGGAACAAAGGACAAAGGAUGCUCGCUAACCAGUCACAACUCACAACUUCAUCUGUUGUCGGGAUGUACAGAUCCGGUGCUAUGAACUGUGGGCAUGUCAUUCGCUCACCUUCAGUCGAUUUUAUCUAACCUUUUUCUUUUGCGGGCUUUAUUUGUUGUUGAUUUCCAUCGUGGUUCAUUUUUCUAUUAUUUUAUGUUCAGUUUCUUAUUGUUCCUUUUUUGUUGUGUUUCCUUUUUUGUUUUGUUUUUUGUAUUCUAUUCUCCAUGUUUGAAUUACAGGCAUGUCGCACUAAUGUUACCCUUUGGAAACCCCACAUUCGAUGUUCUCCUACUAUUCUCUCCGCCCCUGUUUUCGGGAGACCGGGUUGCCCCUCUUCAUCCCAGGAUCCCACCACCCCUAUUUUCGCUUUUGAGUUUUCUAAUCAAGCUUUCGGCUUUAGCCAUCGUCGGAUUUGCUGGUGCCACUUGCACUGUCUCCCUCCGUCGUGGCGUGGAAGUUGGUACUUUGCUCUUUCCUUCAGCUUUCAAUUUGGAAGGUGUCAUGACUGGCGCAGACUGUGACAUUAGCAGUGGUGGGAUAAGCCUUACCAUGCUUUACAUAUUCUCAUGAGAUGUGCUUUUUUAGUUUGUAUUGGUGAGUGGCAGCAGGAUAAGUUGUCUCACAAAAUAAACAUGUGUUUCCUUUUGGUGUUCUUUUAAAUGAGAAUGCCCAAAGUUUCCUGCUUCGGUUUUGGGAUACCAUGGGUUGGCUCACUCUCUGUGAGAUACCUUCAUUUUUAUUGUUCAUGACAAAAACUUAGGAUUUGCUAGAAAUGAUAAGGGUUUAGCAUUAGUAUUCAUAAGACAAUUAGUGAAAAAUUAGAAUCUACAAUGUUUAGUUUAAAGUUUUGUGUUCUCAUUUGAAAUUCAGCCUGUUGUUCUCGGAGUUGAUAGGCCUAAAUUAUGUCUCAAACAUAGAUCUGAUGCAUUCAUCUUAUCAUAUCAUUAUGUAGAGUAUUCUGUUCCACAGCUGAUUUCUCCUCCGAGCCUUUUUUGUUUGUUAUGUUCUUGGAAACUAAUAAAUUUCUAGGGAAAUUAAAAGCUGGCCACCAACAAAGGAUGAAUGCCUUUUGUAGAUUCUGUCAUGGUGUUAUAUUUUGCUGUGUCUAUUCUUGAUUUGAAGUUUCUCAUAGCUUCCCUACAUAAGUUUAGGUAAGGAAAAGUAGUACUCAAUUAGCUAUAUAGGUACUUUUAUUAUUAUAAUAGAAUUAGACAGUGUUGGGGGUAUGAGUUUUGGUAAAGUUGUUAAGUUAUUAUUAUCUCUACAUCUUUGUAGUUUUGCCAAACUUUGUGGCGUUCAAAAGUUGAGUUAUGUGGUUUAGUAUUGUCACUGCAUUGUAUAUGUGUUUCCCCUGAAUCUCCAUGGCUUAAUGAGGUACAUAUAUUUCGUGUUUUUUAAUGGAUAGGGUGGUUGUGUGGAUGUAUCAAUAAGCUUUGCUCGAUACUAAAAAUAUUAAUGCCUAAAGCUCCCAUAAUAUUAGUAGUGAACAUGAAGUUGGUGACCUUGAUGCUGCCAAAUGCACCAAAAUUGAUCAAGCGAACCAUGAUAUUAUAUUGCAACACCUUUAGUCGAGUCACUAAAGAGGAAGGUCCAUGUGAAUUCAAAAAGUGAUGCACAGAUGAUCGAGUUUUUGAAUGUUUAUUCUCAUGAAUGUUCAAUUAGGUUUAUCGAUGACUUUAUACGCAUUAUAGCUGAGUGGAUUGUGUGUUUCUCUAUACCUACACGUUUUAUUUUGCUAAGUCACUUUGUAUGAAUACUUCACCAAGUUUGUGACUCCAUUUCUUUUUAUGCAUGGAGCAUCAUGCAAAUCAUCAUGCCUUCUAACAAUAACUAUAUAUAUACACUAUCUCUUCCCCUCUUUUAUCUAUGGCUCUAUCUUCUAAUCAAGUUGCAACACUACUACAUUACGCUACAUAUUUCCUAGCUCCUAGAAUCAGUGGCGGAUUCAGAAAAUUUUCACAGGGGUGUCCUCUUCAAAAAUUAAAUUUAAUUAUAUAAUAAAUUAAAUAAUUCGUAUAUUAAAAAUAUCAUACUUGUAUAAUUUUUAUAAAAUUUUUAUUAAAUAAUAAAUUAAAAUUCAUAUUUUGAAAAAAUAAUAUAAAUAAACUCCGUGUCUGCACUGUUCAAAAAAUCUACAUAUCCUACUAGACAAUACUUCACGAACUUAGCACAUAUUCGAUUUCUAACAUUGUUCUUAAUGUAGCUCAAAGUAGAAAAGACUCUUUCAAUACUUGCCAUGUAACCAUAAAAUCAAUUCAAAAUUAAGGG